CGACUACUUUUACAGAUUAGAGUUUCAGCACAGAGGAAGUCCUCACAUUCAUUGCCUCAUAUGGGUUAAAGAUGCCCCUGUAUUUGAGGAAGCCUCAGAAGGAGCCAUCUGUGGUUUUGUGUCUCGCUACAUCUCGGCUCAGCUGCCGGACCCAGAAAAGGAACCCGCAUUGUAUAAAAAAGUCACAGAAGUUCAGAUGCACAGCAAAAGUCACUCCAAAACGUGUCAAACACCAAGGUGCAAACUGCCGAUUUGGUUUUCCCAAACCGCCGUGCGAAACCACAAUGAUCAUCACGCCUGCAGCCUGUGAAAAUCAAGAUCGACACAAGGAGAAGCAGGUGGUGGCAAAUGACAAGCUUGUUUGUGUGCAGCGUUUGCUGAAUGAACCUGAAACCUCAUCCCUGACUUUGCCGCAGCUUUUGGCUAAAUGCGAGCUCACUGAUGCUGAGUACAUGGAAUGUUUGUACAUGACCGCCUCAAAGAGUUCUGUUGUGCUCAAGCGAGAUCCAAAAGACUGCUGGGUGAACAACUACAACCGCCAUUUGCUCCUUGCCUGGGAUGGCAACUUGGACAUCCAGUACAUUCUGAAUGCCUAUUCGUGCAUCGCGUACAUCUGCAGCUACAUCAGCAAAGCUGAACACGGAGUCUCAUGAAGUGUGGAUGACUGGCCUGCCAGACAAAUAUAAAUGCAGACCCCAAACGAAGGACUUUGAAGUGAUGUGCUUGGCUGAUUUUGCAUCAACGUGCAGAAUUGUUUAUGGCAAACAGGUAAAAGGCAAAAAUGUUUUGCCUCUGCUGAACGACAUGGGCUUUGUCAAGAAAAGAAAAGAAAAAGCUGCGGUCAUCAAAUACUGCAAAUUCUCAGAACAAAAGAAUCCUGAGGAAUAUUACUGCUCCUUGCUCAAGCUGUACCUGCCUCAUCGUGCUAAUUGCCAGUUAAAAUCUGAACGCUGUCCCUCAUAUCAGUUGUUUCAUGAUCAUGCCUGUGUACAGUUACCAUAUAACGACUCUGUGGAGCGUGUGUGCGAAAUUGUCAAAAGGAACAGAGAAAGGUAUGAAAAACACAGUAAAGACAUUGACGAUGCCAUCCAAGAGGUGGAGGAGAGUGGGCUUGUCAUAAACGAAUGGUGCCACCUGGCUCCUGAGAGUGAGUUGCAAAGACUCGAAUGCAUUGAGGAAAGCAACGCGAGAGAUGAACCAAAUGACAACGUGGAGGAAAAUGUCCCGGACUAUAACGUAAGGUCAGAAACAUCUGAAAUUUCCAUUGUGACAGAGGCUGCUGCCAUCGAUCCCGCAGUGUUACGUGACAUGUAUCGGAACCUGAACCAAAAGCAAGCGUCUGUUUUCUACAAGGUCAGAGAUUGGUGCAUAAAACGUGUGUGUAACUCAAAGCCGAUCGAGCAGUUCUUCUACUACAUCAACGGUGGCGCCGGGACCGGCAAAUCGCAUCUGAUCAAAUGUAUCCAUGCAGAGGCUACCAAAAUACUGCACAGACUACCACGGCUGGCUGAGGAGGCCGACAUUUCCAAACAGACGGUUGUUCUCGCGGCCUUCACUGGCACGGCGGCAUUCAGCAUUUCUGGGACAACUUUGCAUUCUCUGCUCAAACUGCCCAGAAGUCUCAAACCCCCGUACCACGGCCUGGGCAAUAAACUGGACGAAGUCAGAGCCGAGCUGUCGAUCGCCGAAAUACUCAUUAUCGACGAGAUUUCCAUGGUGUCCAAAGACCUCUUUGCCUAUGUGAAUGCCAGGUUGAAACAAAUCAAAGGCAUCGAUUUACCUUUUGGUGGCAUGUCUGUUCUUGCUGUUGGAGAUUUCUUUCAGCUCCCUCCCGUGAAACAGUCCAAACCUCUAUGCGUGUACGAUCCCACUCGGCUGGACCACUGGCGUGACACCUUCAAAAAGAUCACGCUCACCGCCAUCAUUAGGCAGAGAGACGAUGUUGCCUUUGCCGAACUGCUGAACCGACUCCGGGUCAAAGAGAAGUCUGAUGAACUGUCGGAACUGGACAGAGCUCUGCUUGCUACAAGGUACACUUCUCCAGAAAUGUGUCCAAGUCAUAUUCUGCAUGUUUUUGCCACCAAUAAACAGGUAGAUGGCCAUAACUCUGCGAUGCUGAAUCUGCUUCAUAAGGACAUUGUGCAAAUUGAUGCAGAUGACUACAAGAAGGACAAACAAACUGGCAGAAUGGCGAGGCAAACUUCCCCUGUGCAAGGCGCUAAGAGCGAGCUCCCGGACUCAAUCAAAGUUGCCCUCGGUGCUCGUGUUAUGCUCACGCGUAAUUUUGAUGUUCAAGCAGGUCUGUGCAACGGGACGUUUGCAAAAAUUGUGGAAUUGGUCAACUAUCCCAAUGAAGCCCGUGUCCAGAAAGUUGGGUUGGAACUCGAUCAUGUGAGUAACACAGCGCGUGCCGCUAACCGUGUGUACAUUGACAGACAGGAGGAAAAGCUGAAAAAGCCUGGAGUGACGCGGCGACAGUUUCCCAUCAAGCUUGCUUUUGCCUGCACGAUCCACAAGGUACAAGGCAUGACAACAUCAGAGGCUGCUGUUUCGCUGAAAGGCGUUUUCGAACACGGCAUGGGGUACGUAGCUCUGAGUAGAGUGACUUCGCUCAGUGGUCUGCAUAUUCUGCAUAUGGACGAGAGAAGACUUCAUGCAAAUCCAGAAAUCACUGCUGCUCUUGCUGAGAUGGCAGAGGAUUCUUUGGAGAGCGUGAUACCCCUCCUUCACGUGAUGCCGUCGGUAGAUCGGGCAAAUCACCUGGUUGUCGUCCAUCAUAACACCGAAGGGCUGUCUUGUCAUGUGCAGGACAUCAGGUGUCACCACGAGCUGCAUUUUGCUGAUGUUUUGUGCUUCACGGAGACACACCUUCAAGGAUCUGUGGCUGAUGGACGUGCCUGCUUGGAAGGCUUCACAAUGUUUCGCAGGAACCGAAGAGAUUCUUACACAAACUGUCCUGACUUGGCAACAAAACUUGGUGGCGGCGUAGGUAUCUGUGUCAAAAGUCACAUCGCAGCCCAGGAAAAGAAAUACAUACAGGGUGUGACCGACAUUGAAUUUGUUGUGGUGAAACUUGAAGCUCCCCUCAAUGUGUUGAUUGCUGCCGUUUACAGGCCUCCAGGCAAUAGUCUGCGCACUUUUCUGCCAAGCUUGGGAAAUCUCUUGCGGUACCUUGAAGUAAUGGGCCAUCAUCAGAUCUUGGUAUGUGGAGAUUUUAAUGAAGAUAUGCUAUCUGCCUCAUUCAAGCCCAUUCUCGAUUUGUUUCGCUCAACAGGUUACACGCAACUCAUAACCGCUGCUACCACUGACAAAAACACAUUGCUUGACCUAAUUUUUGUCUCUCGACCUCAGUGUGCUCUUCAUUCAGGUGUCUUGCAAACGUACUACAGCUAUCACAAUCCUGUUUUCUGUGUUUUGGCCACUGACAGGUAAGUCACAGCUAAAUCAUGUGGUUCAGCAUUUGCAAAAAGGAUGGAAAUCAGUACGUGAACGUUGUCGUAAGUGUAUAAUAUUAGUGGUGGGAUGUGGUGGGUGAUUUGUUGCCUUUAGGUGAGAUGGGAUCUGGGGCGAAGGUUGCUCAAAAUGACAAAUGAAAGAAACCUGAAAAUUCAAAAUAAAUAAUAACUACAGACGUAUGUAUCACAUACUUUAUGUUUUCUGCAGAUAGUAUAAAUAUAGCUGACCUCAUGUCUAUGGUGGGAAGAUAGUCCUGUAGGUUGAGAUGGAAUAGUGGUUGGGGGUCGGUGAGGAAUCAAGUUGAGUUAAGGGAAGGCAAAGGCUUUUUAAAAU